CAGAAGGGCGAGUGCCAAAGCUGUGAGAGGACGGUGCUACCUGAAGAACCCUCCGGUCCUCAGGUUUCAGCAUGACCAUUUGAAGGCAACAGCAGCUGUUCUGCCAACAGGCAACAGCACGGCCUCAGGCUCCAACUCUCCGCAAGUCUGAAGGGAGUGAAAUAUUGGACCCUAAAAAGGCCUUUCUUUGAGAUAUUGCUCACUCCAUCGAACACCUUCCCACCAUUGUUCUGUGGUGCUGGGCAGAAUAGGUUCAGGAGCAGAAUGCCAAGAUGGCACUCCCACCACACAUCCCUGGUCCAGACUGCCUGCGCCCAUUCACCCGUGAGUCCCUUGAGGCAAUAGAAAAAAGAAUCGCUGAGCAGGAAGCUAAGAAGUUGAAAAAGCAACACGAGGAAGUUCUUGAUGAGGAAAAUGAGCCAAAACCCCGCAAUGACCUUGAGCAAGGAAGAAACCUUCCACUCAUUUAUGGGGACCCUCCUAUGGAACUCCUUGGAGUGCCCCUGGAAGACUUGGACCCAUUCUACCAUGAUCAGAAAACAUACAUCCUCCUCAACAAAGGAAAGACCAUUUUCCGGUUCAGUGCCACCCCUGCUCUCUAUAUGUUGGAUCCUUUCCACCCUGUCCGGAAAUGUGCCAUUAAAGUGCUUGUUUUCAAAUUAUUCAGCAUGUUUAUCAUGAUAACCAUCUUAACCAAUUGCGUCUUCAUGGCCAUGAGUGACCCGCCACCGUGGGCCAAGAACGUGGAAUAUACCUUUACUGGCAUUUACACCUUUGAGUCUAUGAUCAAGAUAUUCGCCCGGGGAUUCUGCAUUGACAGCUUUACAUUUCUGCGAGAUCCAUGGAAUUGGCUGGAUUUUAGUGUCAUCGUUAUGGCUUAUGUUACAGAGUUUGUAGAUUUGGGCAAUGUCUCUGCUCUACGGACAUUCCGUGUUCUCCGAGCGCUUAAAACCAUCACAGUCAUUCCAGGGCUAAAAACAAUUGUGGGUGCCUUGAUCCAGUCUGUGAAGAAGCUCUCUGAUGUCAUGAUCCUCACAGUUUUCUGCUUGGCUGUCUUUGCCCUCAUUGGCCUGCAACUUUUCAUGGGGAACCUGCGGCAAAAGUGUGUCCGGUGGCCACCCUUCACCAAUGACACCCUGCAAGAGGAUGCCUUUGACAACACUCUGUAUGGUAACACCACACUGAGUAGCAAUGAGACAUUUGACUGGAAUUUGUACAUCAACGAUAAAGACAAUUUCUAUUUCCUCGAUGGUGCGCUUGACGCUCUGCUCUGUGGGAACAGCUCUGAUGCUGGGCAAUGCCCGGAAGGGUUUCUCUGCAUGAAAGCUGGCGAGAACCCAAACUAUGGUUAUACAAGCUAUGACACCUUCAGCUGGGCCUUCCUUGCACUCUUCCGCCUCAUGACUCAGGACUACUGGGAGAACCUUUUCCAACUGACUCUGCGAGCAGCUGGGAAAACAUACAUGAUAUUUUUUGUUGUGAUCAUAUUCUUGGGGUCCUUCUACCUCAUCAACUUGAUCCUGGCUGUGGUGGCAAUGGCCUAUGCAGAGCAGAAUGAUGCAACCUUGCUGGAGGAGCAGGAGAAAGAAGCAGAAUUCCAACAGAUGGUGGAAAACCUGAAAAAACAUCAGGAAGAACAACAAAGACUGCUUCAGGAGCAAGCAGCAAGCAGCAGUUCUGAGGACAGCAUUAUAGCGGAGAAGAAAAAGAAGGGGGAAUCAGAUCAGGAGGCACACAGUGUCCAAGAUGGACCUAAAGACUGCAAUGGUCGAGUCAUUCCACGCUUGGUGCUUGAGCGGUCAGCCACAGUAGAUGAGUCAGAUCCAAUGGAGGAACAUGAGAAGUCUGAUCAGAACCACCUGCAUUUGGGCAGUCAUGAUGGGACAGGCUUGGAGAAGCGAGCAGAGAGUGCACUCAGUGUAGUCUCCAAUACCUUGGAAGAACUGGAAGAGGCACACCAGAAGUGCCCACCGUGGUGGUACAAGUUUGCCCACACAGUCCUUGUGUGGAACUGUUGUCCACUGUGGGUGAAGCUGAAGGGAUUUGUCAAGCUCUUUGUGAUGGACCCAUUUGUUGAUUUGGGGAUCACCAUCUGCAUUGUCCUGAACACUGUCUUCAUGGCCAUGGAACACUACCCAAUGACUGAUGAGUUCAACCAUGUGUUGUCUGUGGGCAAUCUGGUCUUCACAGGGAUAUUUACAGCUGAGAUGGUGCUAAAACUGAUUGCUCUAGAUCCCUAUGAGUACUUCCAGCAGGGAUGGAAUAUCUUUGACAGCAUCAUUGUCACCCUAAGCUUGGUUGAGCUUGGUCUUGCCAAUGUUCAGGGUCUGUCCGUGCUACGUUCCUUCCGUCUGAUGAGAGUUUUCAAGCUUGCUAAAUCCUGGCCAACCCUCAACAUGCUAAUCAAGAUCAUCGGCAACUCGGUGGGUGCUCUGGGCAACCUUACUCUAGUGCUGGCCAUCAUAGUUUUCAUCUUUGCUGUGGUGGGCAUGCAGCUAUUUGGGAAGAGCUACACGGAGUGUGUCUGCAAAAUUUCCACUGACUGUGAGCUGCCACGUUGGCACAUGCAUGACUUCUUUCAUGCGUUCCUUAUUGUUUUCCGCAUCCUCUGUGGGGAAUGGAUCGAGACCAUGUGGGACUGCAUGGAAGUAGCUGGACAGACUUUGUGCCUCAUUGUCUUCAUGAUGGUCAUGGUCAUCGGGAACCUAGUGGUUCUCAACUUGUUCUUAGCUUUAUUGCUAAGCUCCUUCAGCGCUGAUAGCCUGGCAGCAUCUGAUGAUGAUGGUGAGAUGAACAAUUUGCAGAUUGCAAUUGGCAGAAUCACACGGGGAAUUGACUUUGUAAAGAAGAAUGUCUUCCUGCUAUUUCAAAAGGAAUGGAAGGAGAAGACAGAGCUACCUGCUGAGGAGCAGGAUGACAACAAGAAGGAGAACUUUGUUCUCAACCACAUGGAUAUGAGUCAGGACUUCAAAUCAGAAUACCUGGAUGGGAUAGCCAAAAAACAGGGCCAGGACUUCAAGCCAGAAUACAUGGAUAAGAUUGUCAAAAAAGAGUCUCUCGCUGAUGAACUGGAUCAAAUGAACUUCAUUAUCAAUCCCAACCUGACCAUACAUGUCCCAAUAGCCUCUGAGGAGUCUGACCUUUAUGAUGAAACUGACACUGGUGAAGAGACUGCUGAAGACAUCAAGAAGCCGUUAUCAGAUGGGACUGAGUCAUCCAUAUGCAGCACUGUGGAUUACAAGCCCCCAGACCCUAUGGAGGAAGAAGCAGUGGCUGAGGAGGCUGCGGAGAAUGAAGAGCCACAGGAAUGCUUCACUGAAGGCUGUGUUCGGAGGUGCCCUUGCCUGACCGUUGACGUCAAAACGGAAAAGGGGGAGAAGUGGUGGAAUCUUCGGAAAACGUGUUUCAAGAUUGUGGAGCACAACUGGUUUGAGACCUUUAUCAUCUUCAUGAUUCUCCUUAGCAGUGGAGCCCUGGCUUUUGAAGAUAUCUACAUAGAGCGGCGGCAGACAAUCCGCACCAUCUUGGAGUAUGCUGAUAAGGUCUUCUCAUAUGUAUUUGUUAUUGAGAUGCUGCUCAAAUGGGUGGCCUACGGGUUCAAGGUCUACUUCACCAAUGCUUGGUGCUGGCUGGACUUCCUUAUUGUCGAUGUCUCUCUCAUCAGCCUGACAGCAAACUGGAUGGGCUAUUCGGAACUAGGAGCUAUUAAAUCCCUAAGGACACUCCGAGCACUGAGACCACUUCGGGCCUUGUCCAGAUUUGAAGGCAUGAGGGUGGUCGUGAAUGCCCUUUUGGGGGCCAUCCCAUCCAUCAUGAAUGUCCUCUUAGUCUGCCUGAUCUUCUGGCUCAUCUUUAGCAUUAUGGGGGUCAACCUCUUUGCAGGGAAGUAUUAUCGUUGUGUCAAUACCACCACGGGUGAAUACUUCGACAUCAGCAAAGUGAACAACAAGAGUGACUGCAUGACCCUCCUCAACAUUGACAAUGCCACUGAUGUCCGCUGGGUCAACGUCAAGGUCAAUUUUGACAAUGUGGGCCUGGGCUACCUCUCCCUAUUACAAGUGGCCACCUUUAAGGGCUGGAUGGACAUCAUGUAUGCAGCUGUUGACUCCCGUGAGGUAGAGGAACAACCUCAGUAUGAAGUGAAUAUCUACAUGUAUAUAUAUUUUGUUAUCUUUAUCAUCUUCGGAGCUUUCUUCACUCUCAAUCUUUUUAUUGGUGUCAUCAUUGACAAUUUCAACCAGCAGAAGAAAAAGUUUGGAGGGAAGGACAUCUUCAUGACAGAGGAACAAAAGAAAUACUACAAUGCCAUGAAGAAACUAGGCUCAAAAAAGCCAGUGAAGCCCAUCCCUAGGCCCCAGAACAAAUAUCAAGGAAUGAUCUUUGACUUUGUGACCCAGCAAGCCUUUGAUAUAGUCAUCAUGAUCCUCAUAUGUCUUAAUAUGGUGACGAUGAUGGUGGAAACAGAUAACCAAAGCCAAACCAAGAUAGACGUCCUCUUCCAAAUCAACCUGAUCUUCAUUGUCGUCUUCACAGCGGAGUGCUUCCUCAAGAUGAUUGCCCUGCGGUAUUACUUCUUCACCAUUGGCUGGAAUAUCUUUGACUUUGUUGUGGUCAUUCUUUCCAUAAUAGGACUUGUCCUCUCGGACAUCAUUGAGAAAUACUUUGUGUCACCCACCCUUUUCAGAGUCAUCCGUCUGGCCAGAAUUGGACGUGUUCUUCGGCUGAUCCGGGGAGCCAAAGGCAUCCGGACACUUCUCUUUGCUUUGAUGAUGUCCCUGCCAGCACUUUUCAACAUUGGCCUCCUCCUCUUCCUAGUUAUGUUCAUUUAUUCCAUUUUUGGGAUGUCAAACUUUGCUUAUGUGAAGAAGGAAUCUGGCAUUGAUGACAUCUUCAACUUUGAGACUUUUGGCAACAGCAUCAUCUGUCUUUUCCAGAUCACUACAUCAGCUGGUUGGGAUGGCUUACUGAAUCCCAUCCUGAACAGUGGUCCCCCAGACUGUGAUCCUCAUCUGGAGAACCCUGGAAGUGAGGUGAAAGGUGACUGUGGUAACCCUUCCAUUGGCAUCUGCUUUUUUUGCAGCUACAUCAUUGUCUCUUUCUUGAUUGUGGUCAACAUGUACAUCGCCAUCAUCCUGGAGAACUUCAAUGUAGCCACAGAGGAGAGCAGUGAGCCUCUGUGUGAAGAUGACUUUGAAAUGUUCUAUGAGACAUGGGAGAAGUUUGACCCUGAUGCCACACAGUUCAUUGCUUAUAGCACACUGUCUGAAUUUGUGGACACCUUGCAAGAGCCACUGCGAAUUGCUAAACCCAACAAGAUCAAAUUGAUCACCAUGGACUUACCCAUGGUUCCUGGGGAUAAGAUACAUUGCUUGGACAUCCUCUUUGCACUUACCAAAGAGGUGUUGGGAGAUUCUGGGGAAAUGGAUGCCCUGAAGGAAUCAAUGGAGGAGAAAUUUAUGGCUGCCAAUCCCUCAAAAGUGUCCUAUGAACCCAUUACAACAACGCUGAAGAGGAAGCAUGAGGAAGUGUGUGCUAUCAAAAUCCAAAGAGCGUUCCGACGAUAUCUGUUGAGACGAUCGAUGAAACAGGCUUCUUACAUGUACAAGCACAGCCAAGAUGAAGACACAUUGGCAGAAGGAGCCCCAGAGAAAGAAGGGUUGAUUGCAAACAAAAUGAAUGCUAUGUAUGGGCCUUUAGACACACAGGUAGAAAUUGAAAUGUCUCCAGAAACAUCUCCACCUCUUGACCAUGAGACAAUCACCAGUCCAGAGAAUAUGCAUCAUCCUGGCGAAACUAAAGAGAAGAUGGAGGAUCCUGGAAAAACAAGGGAAGAUGAUCCCAGUGGAACUAAAGAGUGUGAGACCACCAAACGUGGUGUAAAAGAGUCGUUUGUAUAAUGCAGAGCACUUUUGGCCAACAAUUGAUUGGUCCCUUGUUCCAAAAGACUCCUCUUAUGUCUUUCUCAUAAGAGCCCUUCCAUAUCUAGUGCCAUUGUGAGCUAACUAUGUUCUCUUACCAGAUUUCAAGUACCCAGCUUGACAUCUUAACUUUGGAAGCAGAGCCUCUUCUGUUUUCUAGUUUUUCAAAUUCACCACAAUGUACAAAUGAAUAUUUAUUUUCUCAUGAGUUGAAUGUGAACUAUCUCUAUUGCUGGUGAAAAGAAAAAGCAUUUUAGUCUAGUUUUACUUCAGGUCUAAGUAGCCUGUUCCAGGGCAGUUCUGAUUUUAUUUCUUCUCCACUGGAGUUUUUAA